CUUGUGAUGUGCAUGAUGCAAUGCUUGAUUUUUGCACAUUUUCCUUCCAUCAACAGCAGUUGUUAUAUAUAUUGUUACAUUGCUGAUUGUAUAUUCUUGUGCAGCGGAGGAAUCAGCAAAGGGCCAGGAUUCCCUGGUGAGAAUGGAACAGUUACAGGAAGAGCUUGCCCAAAAGGUCUUUAUGGUACAUUUUGCAAGGAAUGCCCUUUGGGAACAUACAAGAAUGUUACCGGAUCUUCAAAAUCUCUCUGCUUUCCGUGCCCUUCAGGCGAACUUCCUCGCCGUGCCGUGUACACAAGUGUCCGAGGAGGGGCUGCUGAAACUCCAUGCCCGUACAUAUGUGUGUCAGACAGAUAUCGCAUGCCUCACUGUUAUACUGCUCUUGAAGAGUUAAUAUACACUUUUGGGGGACCUUGGUUAUUUGGUCUACUUCUUUCAGGCCUUCUUAUUUUGUUAGCUCUUGUUUUAAGUGUUGCUCGGAUGAAAUUUGCUGGCACUGAUGAGUUACCCGGGCCAGCACCAACUCAACAAGGGUCGCAGAUUGAUCACUCCUUCCCUUUCCUAGAAUCACUAAAUGAGGUCUUGGAAACUAAUAGAGCUGAAGAAUCACAUGGUCAUGUACACAGGAUGUAUUUCAUGGGCCCAAACACCUUCAGUGAACCUUGGCAUCUCCCACACACCCCAGCAGAACAGAUUACAGAGAUUGUGUAUGAGGAUGCAUUUAAUCGAUUUGUUGAUGAGAUAAACACACUUGCAGCUUAUCAGUGGUGGGAGGGAUCAAUUUACAGUAUCCUUUGUAUACUCGCAUACCCCUUGGCUUGGUCAUGGCAACAGUGGCGUAGAAGAAAAAAAUUACAAAGACUUCGUGAAUUUGUUCGCUCUGAGUAUGAUCAUUCAUGCUUACGGUCUUGCCGUUCGCGUGCGCUUUAUGAAGGUCUCAAGGUGACUGCAACCCCAGAUCUAAUGUUGGGAUAUUUAGAUUUCUUCCUUGGUGGAGAUGAGAAAAGGCCUGAUCUUCCUCCUAGACUUCGUCAAAGGUUUCCGAUGUCCUUGAUUUUUGGUGGUGAUGGAAGUUACAUGGCUCCAUUUUCACUUCAUAGUGACAGUGUCCUGACCAGUCUUAUGAGCCAGGCUGUGCAACCUUGGAUAUGGCACCGUCUUGUAGCUGGAUUGAAUGCUCAGUUGCGUUUGGUUCGACGUGGAAAUCUCAAAGCAACAUUUCUUCCUGUCCUUAAUUGGCUUGAAACUCAUGCGGAUCCUGCUUUGGGCGUGAAUGGUGUCCGUGUCGAUCUUGCGUGGUUCCAAGCUACAGCAUUAGGGUAUUGCCAACUGGGUCUUGUUGUUUACACUGUCGAGGGAGAACCAGUGACUGCUGAACUUGAUGGCAGCCCAAGAAUUAAAAUAGAGCAGCAUUCGCCAGUGCAGGACAUGCUUGCUGAUGCUCAACUAAGCCGCUCAAGGAUUAAGGAUGCUCUUAUGCGGAAAAGGAUUACUGGCGGCAUUCUAGAUAGUACUACCUUACGGGCACUUAAAGACAGGAGAGAUUUUCUGUACCCGUUUUCUCUUAUCUUGCACAACUCUAAACCAGUUGGCCAUCAGGAUCUUGUUGGCUUAGUAAUCUCAAUAUUGCUCCUGGCAGAUUUCAGCUUAGUGUUGCUUACUUUUCUCCAGCUAUACUCAUACUCAAUGGCCGACGUUCUCUUAGUUCUGUUUGUUCUUCCUCUUGCGAUACUGUCGCCUUUCCCUGCUGGAAUAAAUGCUCUUUUUAGUCAUGGACCACGGCGAUCAGCAGGCCUUGCUCGUGUAUAUGCAUUGUGGAACAUUACUUCACUGGUUAAUGUUGUUGUGGCUUUGAUAUGCGGAUUCGUACACUAUAAGUCGUCAACCAAGAGACAUCCAAGCACACAGCCAUGGAACUUUGGAACGGAUGAAAGUGGCUGGUGGCUGUUUCCGACUGGACUCAUGUUGUUGAAAUGCAUCCAAGCAAGGCUUGUUGAUUGGCAUGUGGGUAAUCUAGAGAUCCAAGACCAAGCAGUAUACAGCAAGGACCCGAACAUAUUCUGGCAGUCGUGACAUCCGGUUUUAACAGAGGUGCUUUUGAUAGCUUUUUACAACUCGAUUUUUUGGGAGUUGAUAAAAGAAAAGGAGUGGGGGGCAGCUCGGCCUUUCUUUAUUGACCGGGCCAAAGAAGCAACUACAGUGCUAUAUAUGCAUACUUCCUCGCCCCUCGUUUAAUCAUAUGCAGGCACACAACCUGUGUUCUGUUUGUAUAUAUAAAGGUGUUCUCGAUCCAUUCUUUGUAGGAUUUAGACACCAUAGAGUUAAAAACAAAUACCCAAGCUAACUGAAGAGAGGGGGGGAUGUCAUUUUAUUGUUUGUGCUUGUUGUUGCUGUUGUGUUACUGUUAUGACCUUGCCCCUUGUGUUGAGCUGGGCAUGGCAUCAGUAUGUAACUUGAGUUGUAUCUUGACUGUAUAAAACAAGAACUAACACGCCUCAUGGUUUUCAUUAACAAAUAGUAGCAAGGUUCAUAUCA